AUGUACAUGCACCGCGUCGCUGCGGACGAGGUCGCCCUCUCCGGCUCAGGCUACGCAGCCGCGGCGCUGCAGGCGGCGCUGUCUCAGUGGCUUGUCGCCGGCGGCCACGUGCUGCUCCGUGGCUGCCGUGACCAGGCGCUCAUCGCGGCGAGCGCGACAGCGUUUGCGCUGGCUCAGGCCGCAGGCGCUCUCGACGCCGAGGCCGAGGCGCUACAGCUCACGCUGCGCUCCCUCAACGACGGCGCUGAGCGCGGCCCGGAGUGGCAGCGCGAGCGGCAUGUGCCGCCGGGAGCGGACGACGCCUCGGACGGGAGCUCGGUGCAGGCCUCACUCAUCGCGGCGAACGUGCACGGCGGCAAGCCGGAGCGGCCGCUGGUGCCUCCGCCGCCGUCUGCCAACCUCCCGCCCGGCUGCGUGCGGGCGCCCGACGGCUCGCUCCGGCUGCUGUCGCCGGCGCUGCUCUCUGCGGGUGAGUGCAACCUGCUGGUGGCGGGCGGGGUGGCGAUGAUGGCGGGGGCCUUCUCGCGCCGCGGACAGACGACGCUCGGCAUCUCGCCCGCCCUCUCACACCGCCUCGCCGGCCAGCAGCCCCUCGCCCGCGCGGUGCCGCUGCUGUACCUCGCCGUCGAGCGGGCGCGCCGCCGCGCGGAGGAUGGGCGGCUGGCGAGCGAGGCUGGCGCCUUCGACGUCGGCCUCUGCCGCGGCGACCACUUCAGCUACUGGCGGCCGCACAUCGACAAGGUGUCCGUGCCCGAGUACGAGCACUCCGCCCUCCUCUACCUCGGACAUCACGGCGCGGACUUCGACGGAGGGCGGCUGACCUUCUUCGAUCCGGACGCAGACGCGGUUGUGCUGCCCGAGGCUGGGCUGCUCGUCUCCUUCCCCUCGGGGCCGCCCUCACUGCACGCCGUCGAGAGAGCCGCCCUCCUCGAGUGGGCGAGCCGCGCGGCCGACGCCGAGGACCCCUCCCCCUCCCCCUCCCCCUCCCCGCCCCCUCCGCCUCCUCCGCCUCCUCCGCCUCCUCCUCCUCCUCCUGGCUGCUGCACCGAGGGGCUCCUGACGCGCGAGGACGCUCUCGCCUCGGCCGCGCUCUGCUCGCUGCCGCCAAACGACCCGCUCUGCGCAGCUCUCCUGGCGAGCCGCGCGCGCGGCGCCUCCUCGCUCCCGCUGCUGCUGCGGCGCGCCCUCCGCCUGCCAGCACUGCUACCCGGCGCACUGCCGCCCGGCGAGUCUGCCGCCGGCGCGACUUCGUCUGGGUCGCGCCUGCCCGUCUGCGCCAGCACCAACCCCCUCGCGCGCGCGCCACGCCUCCCCGAGCCGGGGAAGCCCGCCCUCCCCCUUCUCGACGGCUUGCUCGCCACCCUCUCCGCCUGCGGCAGCGAGCCCGGCACGCUCGCGCAGCGGCUCGGCGGGCGGGUGCGGCUGUACGACGCGCUGCUACAGACGCUGCUCCGUGCUACCGCCAAGGGCGCGGCGGCACAGACCCACGCCGAGCGCCUCGCCUCGGCCUCCUCGCCGCCCGCCGGCGCCGCCACUGGCAUUGCGUUUGCGAGCAGCGCCGCUAUCGCCGCCGUCGGGGCCGGACAACCCACGAGUGCUCCCACGGAGGGCUCGGCAGACGAUCCUUUCGCCGUGUUUGGCUAG